AAAAAAAAAGAAAAAAAAAAAAAGAAAAAGGAAGCAUCUAGUUUCCCCGACAGAUCGUAUGGGUACCUCGCAUGGCUGUACUGGAGGAUGCUUCUGCGGAAAUGGAAUCCUAGGGGAGUUCUCAGCAGCUGGCACUGACUGACAUCAGCACUUUCUGGUCGACAAUUAUCUGGCAGCGGCACGCCGGCCUGUGGGCGCCUGUCCGACGUACUGGGAAAGUCAAGGGCCUCGAUUUCGCAACUCAAAUCCUUGACAGGCUGGACUCCCGUUCAAUUAUGAUGUGUAUGCUGGGGUCUAACCCUGCCUUUGCAUCUGCAGAAGGUGGCGCAUCCACACCCUGGGCUGUGCGCUGGUCAUCCAAAGUAUCACGCAAAACAAAAAUCCUGCCUCACGAUUCCCGCACGCUGAGGUGUUCUUUUCUUUUCUACUCUUCAUCGAUCCCAACACAGUGGCUAGGACUCCAGGUGUGCUGACGCAUGCCAUUGGGUGCACUAUGUUUCGACCCUGGUCUUUUUCGCCGUUGGGCUGAUCGUGAAGCUCCAUCGAAUGCGACCAUUAAGGAAGCAGAACGUCAGAUUCGGCACUUCUUUGGCCAGAUACCUUGGGCAUAUCACCUUGUCCGUUUAGAUAGCCACCCAUAUACUGACCAGAGCACGUUCUCAUCUCUCCCAAAUUAGCCUCCGAUCACCGACGCAAUCACUCUUGAUCAUUGUGGCUUUUUUGAUACUAUUCUCUGCAGAUUCCCCACAUCGUCAUCAACCCAUUCUUGUUGAUAGGGGGUUCGCCUGUGUCUUGUACCUUGCGGCUCCUUAAGCUUAUCAUCCUGCAUCUGCGCUGUUGCGCAACCCCAAGUCACGACAUUCUUACAUACGCGUUCUCUUCCACGUCUCCGGCCUUGCAGAACUACCAGCCUCGUCAUCCCUUUUCUUUUGAUGCUGCAGUGCUCUGAAACAAACUUUUGGCACUGCUGUUGUUGAACGUUGCCUACGCAGCCGUCACUUCUGACCCUGUCACCCGACCUCUUUCACUGCUGACCUCACGAGCACUUCGGUGUGAACAGAGUUCUGCACCUCUGGAGCAUUUGUCCGUCGCAGCAGAAUCAUCGCCUUGGAUGAUUGUCACGACGCGCAGAUCAUCAGGCAGUCCAGGCCUGACUUGCUGGUCGAGCAUAAAAGAGCAUCGGUGGAACGGAGGCACAGGUCUCCCACCCACAUCACGGCUCACUCCUCGUCACGAAGUCCGGGCUGGACUGUAACAGCUCAGCCCAUCAACCAGCGUCGUGGAUAUCUCACGGCUUCUCGAGUCGCAAGACUCGGAGCCUCCGGGCCACCGACAGCGAGGCGCGGACACGGCCAGCUCGCCGCGCCCUUACGCUUUGGCGCCGGUGAGCUACAGCGGUCCAAGAUCGCUUCCGGCGUCGACGCCUUUGUCCGGAGGUCCCGUUGGUCCCCCAACACAGCUGCCACCAGUCUCGUCUCUGCAAACUGCACCUCCGCUUCUUCACCCGCUGCCGCCGAUCCAUCAGCGGCUUCCGUACCCCCAAGAGCACCCCCCGUACAGUCAACCGGUGCAACCGUACUAUCAUGGCUCACUUCCGACUCCUCACCAUGUUCCGUCUCCUCAUCCGGGCUACCACGGCAGCCUGCCGCCUUUGACGGCGCCGCCUGUCUCUGGACCGAUCGAAAUCCACUCGGUCAGCGUGCCUGCAAAGCGCAACGCCCCUUCUUCUGCUGGGGAAUCGACCGGGCCACCGGAGAAGAAGGGCAAGUGGACACCGGAAGAGGACCAGCUUGCGAUCGAGCUGCGAAGGACGGGCAUGAAGUGGGAUGACAUCGCGAAGCGUCUGCCCGGACGAAGCGCGAUCAGCUGUCGCUUGCGAUAUCAGAACUACAGCGAAAAGCGACAGGACUGGGACGAGGAGAAGAAAAACAAGUUGGCUAGGCUCUACAACCGAUUCAAACAGCAGAUGUGGGAAAUGGUCGCCAAAGAAAUGGGCCUACCGUGGCGAGCAAUCGAGGGCAUUCAUUGGGAGAUGGGCCGGGAAGAAAUGGCAUCGCGCGCGAACGUGCCGGUCUUUCAACCGCACACGACCUCGGCCACCACGCAGCGCCGCUCGCCUCCCGGCGUGAGAUCAAAUCCGAACUUGGCGCCCGCACCUACACCACCGGGCGACAGCGCAGGCGAGCAGCCGCACGCAUCGCAACCCGUGCGUGCGACCCGCGCGAGGAGUACAAGUUCUGGGAGUCGCAGGCGUGCCAAUGCCCGCAGAGAUCCGCCGUCGCAGCUCGCGUCGGUCUCUGAGGGUGAGCAGAAGCGUCCGUCGGUGCAGGACACGAGCCCGAGCUACGUGACGGACAUUCCAAAUACACCAGCGUCAUCCGUUGAAUGGAACGGCUCACCAGCAGUAAGGCCCACAGCCGACGAGCGACUUCCGCCGCCUACGCCUCCUCGCAAACGCAGACGUUCUGACUCUCAGAAUAGUUCCGAUGCUCCCUCACUUCAUCCUGCUCCACCAACCGCGCUCCCCCCUCCGCCAUCUGCCCCCUAGCUGUUGGCUCAACGCUGCACUGCCUUCACGCAUGAAGCUGUCGCGCGACUUCGACAUACUCUGGCGGAUAUCUGUUCUGUACGACAUAAUCUUGCAUCCACCACAUCCUUCCGAUCACGAGGCACCGAUAUCCCAUAGAGCAGCGGCACACUCCAUCACGCAUUUGGUCACGUUUGUACUUGUUUUUAUUUUGAUCUGAUAAAACUUGAAACCUCGUUUUUGAUUUUGAUAGGCGGCGAGCCGGACCACUUGGAUCAUCAAGGGUCGGCAUUCUGCGAGCGUUUUAGCGAUCUUCGUGAUUCAUAUGCAUGAAAAAUAAAAAAUUUUUGUGUUAUAGCAAGUACACUUCUUCCCGCAACGAGCUACAAGAGACACCGGGCAGGCGGGAGCGUGUUUGGUAUUUCGCAACGGUUUAGCAAAUCAACACUGACGAUUAGAUGAUUUGAGUUUUGUUUGGGUCCUUGACGAUGGCUGACGGCAGAGCAUUGAUAUUUGUACCAUUAGCGACGAUAACGAAUUGAAUCUUAUGCC